UUUCUAGCAACCAAAGUUUAUUCAGCAUUAGGAAACCACGAUUUUCAUCCCAAAAAUCAACUACCACCACAGAAUAACUCUAUUUACACUAGGAUUGCACAAUUUUGGAGCCCAUGGCUAAACAAAGAAUCUAUACCAAGUUUCCAAAAAGGUAAAUGUGAUGGUUUGUUAAUUUUGUAUUUGGCUGAGACAUUUCUUUUUGCUUAAUGAUCUAAGCGUAGAAUCUGAUCAAACCUUAGGAACGCAGGGUCUAUAUUAAAGUUAAUAAAAUUACUACUUUAACAAUAUGUAAAGCUCAUUAUGUAUUGUUAUUUUAACAUAUGGUAGGAAAACUAGUUGACCACCAGUGCUAGCCAAAAAAACUUUUAGGUUAUCAUUAUCUGAUAGUCUGUUCAACAGGAGUAAAUGGUAAAAUAAUAUGCUUAUGCAAUCGUAUCGCACUCUGGGAGCCUAUAUUAAUUAGUUAAAGUGUACAAGCAGUCCCAUUCACUGACAGCUAUUCACUGCUACUUAAAUUAAUAGCCCAUGCACUAAUUUUGGCCAAAUAUAAGACUCCCUUACUGAGCAGCAAUAAGAAAAUAUGGAUUGGCACAUAAUGAUGUCACUUAUAUGUCUAUCCUGUUUGUGCAACAUAACCACUGCAUUGCACAAUAGUUGUUAUGGUAAUAGCAGUGCGCAAGUACCCACACUCUAUGUUGUUUUAUAAUCGCUUUAUUUGUUACCUGGGGUAAAUGAGGUGUAACCCAUGCCUCUUCAAUUCUGGUCCCAAGAGCCAGUAGCUCCUAGCAAAGGGCUACUGAUAGACCUUCUAAGUUAAGCUUUGAUUGAUUAAUGGAGUGGAGCCCAGCAAACCCUGGGUAAGAAGUCAAACCAUUAGUGAUUGAGGUGCUGGGGUGUUCCUUUAACUUUAACAUUGAUUUUGGUUUAGAUUAUAGUUCUAUCAAGAUUACAAUAAAUGUUUAAUGUCAUUUUAUGACCUGAUCUUAAAACCAGGACCCCAACAUUGCCCUAAUAAAAAUCUAUUAUUAAUUAUUUUUAACAGUUUACAGGAACACUUCCAUGUACUUCUUCCCCCAUAAUGACUUCACACCAAUGACGUUGUUUAUAGUGGGAGUUUUUAACAUUUUUCAACCAAAUAUGCUUAAGUAAUGAUGAGUAUUUUUUUUUCUUCCUCCUUUUCCUCAGGAGCAUUUUAUAGAGAAGAUAUAGUGAAUAUAAGUGCUGGCCGUGUGAUUGUUCUAAAUACCAAUCUAUAUUAUGACUCCAACAGAGAUACAGCCAAUAUGGAUGAUCCAGGGGAUCAGUUAAAGUGGUUAGAAGAUGAAUUAACAAGUGCUUCUCAACAACUAAAAAAGGUAACUGCCUGUAUAUGAAUUAUAUAUUUUUUUCAAAUUACUAUUAUAAAGGGUCAAUUAAAAGAGAAUGGGGACUGAGCAGCCAUUAAUUAAUGGGUUAUCCAAAGUGUAUGAGUAAGUUAGUAAGCUAGCCAAUUGGGGCUAAUACAUUAAAUGGGUUUAAAUGUUAUAAUGUCCUUCUUUGUACUUAACAAUUUACAAUUGUAAUGAAUAUGCAUACUCCCAACUAUCCUUCAAAGUGUAUUGUGAUAUAGAAAAUAUGAGCUACUUGAGAGGAGUGUAGAUAGUUUUAGCAUUUCCGUUCACAUGAUAAUGUUUGGGGAUGAAAGAACUCUCCAUUAGUGACACCAUCUCAAUCUUAGUAGAGACGUACUGGAUACAGCAUUCACCAAACAACCCAUUUGCUCUGAAGUCAGGGCUGGCCAGCCUUCCCUUCCAAGAUAUGCAGAAUAAAUAACGGUUCAAGCACUGCGAGAUAACAAAUAUAGCAGCUUUAUUGGAGCAAAAGCCUCAACCUCGUCAACUCCUUGGAGAUAUAUGUACCAGGAACAAUGUCAUUCAUUUUCCCAUCAGCUAUUGUGAGUGACUGAUAGGCAAUGACAAGGUACAUUGUCUUAAGUAUAUCUGUUGAGUGCACUGGAAUUUCAGUGAAAAUAUCAAAUUCAAUAGAUAUGAGUUUUUUUAGAAAUGGAAAAUAUGCCACUUUAAGCAGCUUCUGAAACUGCCUCACAACCAUGAGGGCUUAAUUGAAGAUGCUGUGAAAUUCCACUUACUAAGUCAUUUCCAUUGAAUCCAGUUUAUAUUCUUAAGCAUUAUAACCAAGUCAACUUUUAUUUAAAAAUGGAUCCAUGCCAAUAUAACAAGUAUAUUUACAGUGCAUGCAGGGAAUAUCCAGACCCAUAAUCUAUUAAAAAAAAUUUUAAUGUUGCAUCCUUAUGCUACAAUUGUUUAUUUAUUCUAUUUUAUUUUUUACAUCAAUCUAUGCUCAAUACCCCAUAAUGACAAAGCAAUAAUUAGAUUUUUGAUAACAUUUCUUUAAAAACAAAAAUGGGAAUAUCAUGAUAACAUAACUAUUCAGAACCUUUGCUUUGACAAUAUAAAUUUAGCAUAACUGCAUCCCAGUUGUCUGUAUGAUCUUUGAGAUGUUUCUACACUUUGAUUGGAGUCAACCUGUGGCUAAUUCAAUUGACAGGACAUGAUUUGGAAAAGUACACAUAUACCUAAAUAAAGGUCACACAGGUGUAAAUGCAUUUCAGAGCAAAAGCCAUGAAGUCAAAGGAACUGCCUAACCAACAGGAUUGUGUUGAGGCACAGAUCUGGGGAAGUCUAGAAAAACAAGUUUAAAAUUAUUAGCUGCAUUGAAGGUUUCCAAGAGUACAAUGGCCUCCAUGUUUCUUAAAUGAAAGAAGUUUGCAAGACACGUGAAAGCCUGCAAAAACCUAAAUAUUUUACUGUUAGUAGCAAAGAACUUCAACAUAAAAAAUUGUGGGGGAAAAAAAGAUAAUUAAGUGAAUUGGCUUAAGGGCAAAUCAGUUUGUACUUUUCCAAAACCAGCAGAUUGGCAUUGAUGGUAACCUGUGAUAAACUACUUUGGUGGUUUACAAACAGGUAUUUUAAAAUGAUUACUGGUACACAGAGAUGAGACACUGUUAUAUUCAAUGGGCAAUUUAGACUGUAAUGCACUUACCUUCAGAAAAUUCUUCUAUCUAUCUAUCUAUCUAUCUAUCUAUCUCUCUAUCACAAAUAUCAUAACAUAACAAUUUUUCAGGUUUAUUUAGUUGGUCAUGUGCCGCCUGGAUACUUUGAAAAGAAAAGAGGGAAACCUUGGUUUAGAGAAAACUUCAACAAACGUUAUGUGGAGAUCAUACAGAAACACCACAAUGUAAUACAAGGCCAGUUUUUUGGGCAUCAUCACACAGACUCCUUCCGGAUGUUCUACAGUAACUCAGGUAAGCAGAAUGUACAGAACAAAGAGGUACACUUACCACACUCAGUAAAAGUUGUCCACCAUGCAAAAUCUCCAAAAUGUAAAGUUUAAAGGGACACUAUAGUCACCUGAACAACUUCAGCUUAAUGAGGUUGUUCACGUGGGAACUAUAGCUCCCUGCAGCCUUUCUCAUGUAAACACUGUAUUUUCUAAGAAAAUACAGUGUUUACAUUGAAAGCUAGGAACACCUCCAGUUGCAGUCACUCAGAGUAAACCAGAGGGAUCUCUGAGUUGAUGGAGGCAUAAUAUGCCUCCAUCCACUCAGAUCUGCUGUGCACGAGCAUCCUGUGAUUCAGUAUCUCCUCCCACUGCAUGCAGACACUGAACUUUCCUCAUAGAGAUUCAUUGAUUCAAUUUAUUGAGGAGAUGCCAGGGCUGUGUUUGAAUCAUGCUGGCUCUGCCCCUGAUCUGCCUCCUUGUCAGUCUCAGCCAAUCCUUUGGGGAAGCACUGUGAUUGGAUCAGGCUAUCACAUGUCUGCAGACUGCUUGUUUUUCCUGAGUCUAAGAGCAUGCAGAUUUACAGCUUCUGGCUUGAAUACAGUAAGAUUUUUACGAUAUUUAUGGAGGCAUGAGGGGCGCAGGGGGGCUAGAUCGUCGUGUUAACACUAUAGGGUCAGGAAUACAUGUAGUUGCACUGGUGACUAUAGUGUCCCUUUUAACACAUCUGGUAAGAGGGGAAAAAAAUCACUUCACCAUUUGGUACAGUUUUUAGGACCCCAGUCGUGUAAACCAUCCAUAGGUUUCAUGUACUGUUAGCAAACCUCUUCUUUCAAACUCUUAUUCCAUUCUCCCCAGCUCAAUUUCUCACAUUUCCCUCCCUAUACCCCAGGUUAUCCCCUUUCUAUUUAGCUCUCCCUUUUUUCUCCAGUUUUUUUUCAUCUUUUUAUUUAUUAUUCCGACAUUCCUUUUUUUUCACUUGAGACCUGCAUCAUAACUCUUCAUGUGCAACCAGGAAGAAAGAGUGUGUGUUGUAGGCAGAGUGUGGUAGUUACUGUCAAUCUGAUGCGGAAAGGAGCACCGAACGUGUUAUUUCCUUUGGUUUCUUAGCUUCCACACUCCUCUAACAUAAUUGAAAGGAUGACAUCACACAUAUGCAAACAUGAAGACAUUUUUACAUUAAUUUAUAGUAGUUUAUUUUCCAUAAUUUCUGUUUCUGUAUAUUUGUGGUGUUGUACAGAAGAUGAUGUUGGACUUGUCGGAUACAAAAGGUUGAUUUCUACAUUAAAUUUUAUUAUUAAUGCCUCACAAAUACAUAUUUGGUAAAUGUGUAUAAUCUUAAUUAUACACUGGCUAUAAAUAUUUUAGGGUGUGUAUGUAUAUAAUUAAAAGUCCUGAGAAGUGACAGUUCUCCUUUAAAAGCAAAUAACGGAGAUUCGUUAUCAUCAAUUGCUCUCUUCUAGUGACAUCUAGUGGUGCAGCUUAUUAGUGAACUUUAUACUAAAAUUAGCCUACAUGUGAUGUUAUUUCUAUGACAUAUAAUUCAUAAAAUUUUAUCCUGAGUAUUACUUUAAACCUGUAACAAGUAUCCCAGGACAAAACAAAAUUGAGGGUGGUGGAGUUGGAAAGCAAAAACAUUAUUUUUAAAAAUUUUUAUUUUUUGCUGUGCAGUGAGAUACAUUCAUGCUAGACAUGCCCCAACAGUGGUUGUCAAACAAAUCAAAAUACAAAUUACAAAGCUUUUUGUGUUGGAUAACAUAUGGGUAAAUUAUGCACAAUGUUGGUAUAUAGUAAUCAGGCUAGUUAAGUAAAUAUGUUGAGGAAACAAUGAAAACUUGAAUAGACUCAGUAUAUAUGAGAAAGCGAUGCUAAUGUUAGCAGGUCAGACCCCUCCCUCCCACCCAACCCCCAUGAAUGAGUAGAUAAAUAAAAGGCAUUAGAGGCAAGAGGACAACUAUGAAAAUUAUAAUCUAACUAGACAACUUAAACAAAUUGCUCUUCAGCUAGACAAGAGACUGGGUGACAAUGAGAGACCAAUUGAGGAGGUCCCCCAGCUAUCUAUGUAUAAGUCCCACAUUGUAAAGCAAAAACAAAGAAAAGCAAAAACAAUAUCAAAAAGUUAUUUCCCCUGCAACUUAUUGUGGUAAUGAUUUCUGUGCCAGAGACGGUAUCUUUUCGCCUCCUCACCAAGGUCAGACAAUGCCCCACUGGGGUAGUGCAUAGCCUAGUUGCAGGAGUCUUAGUGUCGGGUCCAGCAGUCUGUGUGACUGGAGACGUUCAGUGGAGUGUUUAGUGUGGAGUGAGGCCCUCUGGAUUUUCCUCAAUGGCAUUAGUAUCCAGCAUGGGAAGGGAUGCAGGCACGUUAGGAACCUCAUGUCUGGCCGCUGGUCAUAGAUGUAGUUGUCAGUUUCUUGCGUUGAGGUAUAGCAGCGGAUUUGUAUGCAGGUAUAAAAAGUCACUGUUUGCGGUGCCAUUUUCAUGCUCUCUUUGUUCAGGAUGGUUUGCGUCUGUGAUGGGAGUAUGUAGGUAGCACCCUGGGUGAGUACUCAUCUGGAUUGUGUGUGUUAUCCUGCCCCUUUCCAAGAGCCAGUUUCCUCUAGAAGGCAGUGAAUAUGUUAUCCAGCUUUGCUAGAAUGUCAGACGUCUCCGCUGUGUCAGAAAGCCCAGUGGCGUUCGCCGCCAUUGCAGGGUUAGUAACCCUCACUUUGUAUUACUGCCAUAGAGCAUGGCUUCCCUAGGUCCUGGAUAACCCCCACUGGUCCAUCUGGGGUGGGGGUGUGUUUAAGAUUUCUGCCAUUUGUGGCGGCAGGGGAGCAGCCGCCUCCCCGCGUCGACAAUGCUUGUAGGCCGCAGAUCUCGCUCCGGUGAUUCCCGCUGGGCAAGCUGCUUAUUUGGUAUUGCCUCUCACUUGGUGGUCCAUUAGUGUCAUAUGUAGGCUGAUUAUGAAAGUAGUCAGCAAUAUUUGUCCAAAAGAGCAGGAACAGCUCUAUCUUCCGUCCGCUCAACUCCGCGGUCAGACUCCGUUCCCCUCAAAAACAUUAUCUACCACAUAUUAAAACCGAAAUCAAUGGACAUUAAGGGAGACAUCAAAAGGUUUACAGACUUCUUGAAGUAAGAACUAUUGGACCUAUGCUCCAGGACAAACAAACAAUCUGGAAGGCCCUAUCCACGACACUAUUGUGCAUGGAAAAAAACGUAGCCGAUCAGCAGCAAGUACUGCUGAAGGAGGUUAGGAUGCUUCAAUUACAUAUUACUUAUUUGGAGGACAGGUUUCACCAAAAUAAUCUUCUGAAUAGAAGAUGUUACAUCAGUGGGCAUGGUACAAUGUGUCCAAAAUUUAUUAACAGCAUGAAUGCCUGGAAAAUUGUCCUCUGCAUUGUACCCAACAAUUUGCCAAAUCUCCUAAACAACCAAAAGAUACUUUCCCAUGAUGUCAUCACUAGGGCACAUUUCCAUAUUGUAAAAAACACAAUCAUGAAAAGAGUGAAGGCCCAGAGGAACUAUCCGUAACAAUUCUCCCAAAAUUUUCAGAUCUCUAACUCUUUACCAUUCAACUGUGAAGAGAGUUUUCAGUUACACCUAAUAUAUCCUACAAGUGGAGCUUUCCUAUCAAAUUUGUAAUAUUUUGCAAUUACAUUAACUCUAAUGUUAACACAUCCUAAGAUUAGGUUUCUCAAACAAUAGGAUUUUGUUGUUUAAAUUCUUUAUUUUUGAAGUGCAAAGAUGAAUGUACAAGUAGAAACUGACAGUAAUGCUUUUCCAGCUAUGUCAUACAUGACAUGCAGAGAACAGUAACCUCAGAUGAUCGUUUGGCCCUCUUUUGGGCAUCAUCAGUGAGGUGUAGCUGUUACCCAUCUAGGCACAAUGAGCACAGGGGUCACAUCUGGAUCACCUUUUUCUCUUUAGGAGAGUCCUAUGAAAUUGCAUUACAACAAAAACAGAGAAUAUGGUAAUAUAGAUGCAAAUGCUUUAAGGUUUUGGAGCAUCCCUUUAAGCAAUUUGAACUCCCCCUAAUGUUUAAUUCUACUCUAAAAAUCAUUUACACUAACCCAUUUCAUCCGUACAACAUUUGGAAUCAACAGUGGCUCUAGGCUAGGCUGUUCCCUACCCCCCUGACUUCAUGAUAUUUCUUUAGAACCUCUAGCUAUCGCUAUCAGAAGCAACCUGUACAUUAAUGGAUAUCCUUUUUCCUCUACCAUGUUUGCUACGGCGCAUUUCUGUAAUGUAGAAAACACCAUCAUGAAGAGAGUUGUGGCCCUGGGGAACUAUCUGUAACAAUGCUCCCAAAGUUUUUUCAGAUCUCAUUCUUUACCAUUCAAAAGAGAGUUUUCAGUUUUCACUGCAGUGCUGUGAACUCCUAAUUUCCUGUCAAAUUUGUAAUAUCUCACAAUGACAUUAACAUUUUGUUUAAAUCCUUUAUUUUUGAAGUGCAAAGUGCAAAGAUAAAGACAUAGUAACAAAAGUAGAAACUGACAGUUAUGUCAUACAGGAAUGUCACUUUUUUGUUUGUUUAUAAAACAUGCAGAAUAAACAAGAUAAACAUCAUAUCUGAGAGCAUGAGGGUUACAAUAUCAGAUGAUUGGAAUGACAAUGAAAUGCCGGGGACAUAGUGAGAGAGCAUGCACAAGCAUAAUACACACUUCCAGGCUAAUUUUAUAAGUAAUACUUGUGCCCACCAAUGAGGCCCUGUUUUAGUCUAGUAGUGGUCUAGUCGCAAGCAGAACACCAUGAGGCUUAGAAAUUAGGCAGUUAAACUGCUAAAACAUACUAAAAUUAUACUGACAUAAAAAAAUAAAUAGAUGCUCUGCUAUAGGAAUAGACAAUAUAAAUGAGUCCUGAAAUCAACCUAUUCCCUCCUAGGGCAUUCCCCUUUCAACCCUGGACCAUACAUGCAGUCUAGAAAGUUGUGACUAUACCUAUAAUGCCAGCAGUAAUACAAGUAACAAUAAGUGGCAAAUACUUUCCAAUGAAUAGAAUGGUAGUUUGAUAUGAAUUGUACGAUAAGUAAUGGCAUUUAUAUCCAUCCAUGUAACAUUCUUUUUCUAUAUUCCUCUUCCAGACAAAUAAGAUGUCAAUUAUAAAUCUCACACACUGCAUAACUUAUUCUCUAUGUGUGUUUUAAUUUCCAAAGACAUUAUCAACCUUUACUAAAUGUAAAGGUCUAUAAAAUGUUUCAAGUUUCUGUAAUUACAUUUACAUUUUUACAUUUCUAUUCAGACAACAUAAUACUCCUAUAUGAUUCCCCUAAGCAACAAAAAUUGUAAUUUUUCGCUUAAUGCUUAGAGACCUUAUAAUCAUCAGGAUAUGCAAAUCCUUUAAGCAAUCUAAAAUGUCUGUGGUUAAAGGAUCACUAUAGUGCCAGGAAAACAUACUUGUUUUCCUGGCACUAUAGGGUCUCUAGGUCCCCCCUACCCUCUAGGCCCCCCCACCCGCCGGGCUCUAGGGGGUGGAAGGGGUUAAAUCUUACCUGUUUUCCCCCGCUGGGCCCCUUCGGCACGGGAACUCUCCUCCUCCUUUUCGCUGUCAUCGGCUGAAUGCGCACGCACAUUCCGUCAGUCCAUAGGAAAGCAUUCUCAAUGCUUUCCCAUGGACGCUGGCAUCUUCUCACUGUGAAGAUCACAGUGAAAACCGCGGAAGUGCUUCUAGCAGCUGUCAAUGAGACAGCCACUAGAGGCUGGAUUAACCCAUAUGUAAACAUAGCAGUUUCUCUAUGUUUACAGCAAAAAGGGUUAAACCUAGAUGGACCUGGCACCCAGACCACUUCAUUAAGCUGAAGUGGUCUGGUCGCCUAUAGUGGUCCUUUUCUUUAUUUAUUUCCUUCAUGAACAUUUAAGAAUGCAACAAAACAACUCUGUUAUUGAAUCUUUCUCCAAAAAGGUAAUCCCAUCAGUACCAUGUUUAUUGCACCCGGUGUAUCUCCUUGGAAAACUACAUUACCUGGAGUGGACAAUGGAGCCAAUAACCCUGGAAUAAGACUUUUUGAAUAUGACAGAAAUAGUCUUCAGGUUUUGGUAAGUUGCAAUUUUGUGAUUUUCAGAAUCAGAAUCUUUAUUUAUAUAGUAACUAAAAACAGAAAGGCGUCCAUCAAGUUCAGCCUUUCUCACAUUUGUUUUUGCUGUUGAUCCAAAAGAAGGCAAAACACCCAGUUUGAAGCUUUUUACAACAAACUAGGGGGAAAAAUCCUUCUUGACCACAGAAUGGCAGUUAGAUAUCAUCUUGGAUGAAGUAGCUAUUACUCCAUUAAUUCAAAAAUGAUAUCCCUGAAUAUAAUGUCUGUGCAAGUAUUUAUCCAACUACUGUUUAAUCAUCUUUAUAGACUGUGAUAAAAUCACCUCUUCAGACAGAUAUUUCUACAUUCUUAUUGUUUUUACUAUUGUUUUUACUAUAAAAAAAAACCCUUUGCCUUAGACGAUGGAUGUCUAACCCGCAGCCGCAUGCGGCCCGGGACCACUAGCAGUGCGGCUCAGUUGCCGUCUGUGCUGCCGGGCAGAGAGUGAGGCAGGGAGCCUAUUACAUUCUGUUCUCUUCCUGCACAGCUUCCUCACCGUCGUCCCGGCAUCACUGCUGGGCGAGCGAGGGACCUGUGUAGGAAGAGCACAGAGGUCACAGGCUCCAGCCCAGCAGCAACCACUGGCCACCAGGGAGAGAGGAUCCAUUCCAGCACUACCAGAGCAAGGUAGGGAGGUUGGAUGAACCUCUUUAGUACUAAAUGUGUGUGCAUGUGAUGUGAUUUUUGUGUAUGUUUUGUGAGUGAUUGGCUGUGUGUGUGUGUGUGGGGGGGGGGGCUGUGGAUAUGUCUGUGAUAGUUUGUGAUUAUGUGUGUGGUUCUGUGAUUGUGUGUGUGUAUAUCUGUGAUCAUGUGAUUAUGUGUUUGUAUGUAUAUGAUUGUGUGUAUAGGUCUGUGAUUUUAUAUGUCUAUCUGUGAUAACUACAUCUCCCGUAAUGCUCUUAUAGCCAUAAUGCUGGCAAAGCAUCAAGGGAGAUGUAAUUCACAACAUCUGGAGUGCCGAAUGUUGCCUACCCUUGAUCUAUAUUAUAUAUUUGAUGUGUGGCCCAAGACAAUUCCUCUACGCUCAAUGCAGCCCAGGGAAACCAAAAGGUUGGACACCCAUGACUUGUCCUAUGUAUAAUCCUGUUUAUGAAUAUAUUUCCAGACAAUGGUUUGUAUUGGCCCCCAAAUAUAUUUGUAUAAUGUUAUCAUACCUCUCUGAGGUGCCUUUUUUCCAAACUAAAGAGAUUUAAAGUUGUUACCUUUCUUCAUAACUAAAAUGUUCCAUUCCUUAUAUUAAUUUUGUAGUCUACCACUGCACGUUUUCUAGUGCCAUAAUAUACUUCUUUAGAACAGGCGUAAAAAAUUGCACAUAUUCAAGGUGUGGUCUUACCAUUGCUUAUAAAGAGGCAACAUUAUUAUUUUCAUAUCGAGAAUUAUUGCCCCUAUUUAUAUAUGACAAUACCUUACCCAGUGAUGUAUUCACCCUGAGGCAAACGAGGCAUUUGCCUUGGGUGGCACUUUCCAGGGGGUGGCAAAAAAAAGCAUCCCCCAAACGCCCUAGCGGAUGCCUUGUUAGCCUCAUGUCCUGGGGGGCCCAAGAGCUGGCCAUCUGGCAACCUUUGGGCCCCCCCGAGACAAGCGGCAGCUUGUUUUGCGGUCGGGCAACGAGGGAGUGCUGUAGUCUGAGCUCUUCCUGCUCAGCUCCCUCACGCGCCGCUUAGUGAUGACGGGAGCCAGAACAUGAUGUAAGUCCGGCUCCCGGCAUCACUAAGUGGCGCGUGAGGGAGCUGAGCAGGAAGAUCAAAGCCGCCUACUUUGCUAGUGCACCCCCUGCCUGCACGCACACUUGCCCAGCAGCACAAACAGUCCCAUCAGCCAGCCCUGCAGCCCCACGGGACCCCAGGUAAGGAAUCAACUCCAGCUCUCCCAGGGAGGCUGGGUGGAUUCAAAUAAAAAAAUAAUAAUAAUAAUAUGUGAGUGUUGGGGGAAAUGUGUCUGAGUGUGUGUGUGUCUGUCAGUGAAUGUAUGUGUCUGUCUGUCUGUCAGUAAGUGUAUGUGUCUGUCUGUCAGUGAGUAUGUCUGCCAGUGAGUGUGUAUGUCUGUCUGUUAGUGAGUGUGUGUGUGUGUUUGUCAGUCUGUCAGUGUGUCUGUCAGUGAGUGUGUGCGUCUGUCAGUGAGUGUCCGACAGUUAAUGUUUGUGUGUCUGUAAGUGUCUGUCUGUCAGUGAGUGUAUAUGUCUUUCGGUCAGUGAGUGUUUGUCUGUCAGUGAGUGAAUGUGUCUGUCAGUGAAUGUGUGUGACUGUAAAUUAGUGUGUGUCUGUCAGUUAAUGUGUGUAUGUCUGUGAGUGAAUGUGUCUGUAAAUAAGUGUGUGCCUCUGCCAGUGUGUGUCUGUAUAAUAGUGUGUGUCUGUCAGUGAGUGUAUGUGUUUGUAAAUGAGUACAUGUCUGUCAAUGAGUGUGUGCGUCUAUCAGUGUGUGUGUGCGCCUGCCAGUGUGUUUUUUUUUACAGUUUGUCAAAUCAGUGAGUGUGUGUGUAUGUCACUGUGUGUCAGUGUAUCUGAGUGUGUGUGUCUGUCAGUGAAAGUCUUUGUGUGUGUUGGCUAAACGGUGUGUGUGCUAAUAACUGUAUCUUUCAGUGAGUGUAUGUCAGUGCAUGCAUCAGUGAGAGUGUGUUUGUCAUGAAAAAGUGCGUGCGGUCUUGACAGGAAGGGGUGAGGCAAAUUUAAAUUAGAGGGGGGGGGGCAGUUUCUUCAUGCCUAGGGCAGCAUAAAUUCCAAAUACACCACUGACCUUACUAGCCUUUGCAACAUUGAAAGCAUGUUGUAUGAGAACAUCCAGGCUUAGAAGUGUGAAAUUAUUUUUUACAUGAAUUCCUCAUGUGCAACAAUAGUAUCUAUAAUGCAAAAACAAAAGAUAUCAUCUGGCCUAUAAAAGAUGGUCUUUACUUGCUACUUGUUUAACUGGGCUUCUACUUUGAUUCAAAGAAAGCCUAUUGACAUUAUACAGAAUAUGAAUCAAGUCAUAUGCGUGCGCAGCCUAUUGCAUAAGGGUGUGUACCCUAAAGCACAAACACACACGCCGCGUGUAUAUGUGUGUGUGAAUGUGUGUAUAUAUAUAUAUAUAUAUAUAUAUAUAUAUGUAUAUAUACACACACACACACACAUACAAAUAUACACUGCUGUGUGUGUGUAUAUGUGCGUGUGCGAGGGUGCUGUGUGUAAGGGUGCUGUGUGUGUGUGUGUGGGGGUGUUGGCAGUGUGCUGUGUGUGUGCGUGUGUAAGGGUGAUGUGUGUGUGAGGGUGCUGUUAGUGUGCUGUGUGUGAGGGUGCUAUUAGUGUGCUGUGUGUGUGUGUAUGGGUGCUCUGUGUGUGUGAGGGUGCUGUGUGUGCUGUGUAUGUGAAUGUGUUUGGAGGGAUUGUGUGUGGGGGUAGGGGGACAGAUUAGGAAAUAGCCCUCCCUUCUUACCUUUUGCCUGGGGGGGGGGGAUCCUUGCUGCCAUCCCUGAUCCUUGGUGGUCAUAGUGUGAGUGAACUCACUCUCACAAGAUCUGAGCGUUGCCGCAGCAAUGCUCCAACCUUGUGAGAGGAACCCCACGGAGCUGCUGGCAAGAGCUCCCUGGGUCCUCUCCUGCCUCCCUCCCUGCCUGUGGGAGGCACACAGCGCGGGCCGCGGGGAUUAGGGUGUGCCCAGGCACACCCGGCACACCCCGUGCGCACGCCUAUUAAUCAAGUAUUUUCAAUACAAUAUGGAAAAUACAAGAUCAUAUAUUUUCAAUACUGUAGUCUGUCAGCAUUUCCAUCUGGAUUCCAUCUCCACCAAGUGCCUUAUAAACAGUUUUCUGUGGAAUUAUUCUUUAUUUUUGUGUUUGCAGGACAUGGUCACUUAUUACUUGAACCUUACUUUUGCCAAUAACGUGGUCCCAAGGUGGGAAAAAGAGUAUCGUCUUACUGAAGCAUUCCAAGUCUCUGAUGGAUCUUCACAGUCUAUGAACAAUGUCCUUAAGAAGAUAGCUGAUGACCCCUGUUACCUACAGAAAUAUUAUGAGUACAAUUCAGUCAGUUAUGAUAGGAACACGUGUGAGCACAACUGUAGGGUUGAUCAUGUUUGUGCCAUACGUGAAGUAGACUUCACCAAAUAUGAUGAGUGUUUAAAAACCGAAAGCUCCUCUUCAAUGAUCUUAGUUCAAAAGACAUUGAUAUCAAUUCUGUUAUCUAUUUAUGUGUUUUUGUUCUGAAAUUUAAAAAUAUGAGUACUAUUAUUUAAUUUACUAUUUUGUCAUAAUAUCACACUGACGUUUCUUUUUCUGUACACAUGACUUGUGUGCUUCUGCUUGAACUCUCAAAUUACCUGAAUCUUGGAUCCUUUUCUUAACCCCUUAAGGACACAUGACGGAAAUAUUCCAUCAUGAUUCCCUUUUAUUCCAGAAAUUGUGUCCUUAAGGGGUUAAAUGAAGAUUCAGAGAUAAUAAUAAUAAUCAUUUAUUUACAGCGUAAUGAGCUGUUAAACAUCAUAGCCACCUAUUGUUUCACAAUAUAAUAAAGUGACACUAAUAAGGGAUUUACAGUAAAGGAAAAAAAGUGUUUGAUCCCCUGCUGAUUUUGAACGUUUGACCACUGACAAAGAAAUGAUCAGUGUAUAAUUUUAAUUGUAGGUGUAUUUUAACAGUGACAGACUGAAUAACAAAAAAAAAAAAAGCAGAAAAACGCAUAUCAAAAAAGUUAUAAACUGAUUUGCAUGUCAAUGAGUGAAAUAAGUAUUUGACCCAUUCAACUGGCAAAACCCUUGUUGGCAAUUACAGAGGUCAGAUAUUUCUUGUAGUUGGCCACCAGGCUUGCACACAUCUUAGGAGGGAUUUUUUCCAUGGGAUUAAGGUCUGGAGAUUGGCUAGGCCACUCCAUGACCUUAAUGUGCUUCUUCUUGAGCUACUCCUUUGUUGCCUUGGCUGUGUGUUUUGGGUCAUUGUCAUGCUGGAAUACCCAUCCACAACCCAUUUUCAAUGCCCUGGCUGAAGGAAGGAGGUUCUCACCCAAGAUUUGACAGUACAUGGCCAUCGUUCCUUUAAUGUGGUGCAGUUGUCCUGUCCCCUUAGCAGAAAAACACCCAGCAUAAUGUUUCCACUUCCAUGUUUGACAGUGGUGAUGGUAUUCUUGGGGUUAUUGGCAGCAUUCUUCCUCCUCCUCCAAACACGGCGAGUUGAGUUGUUGCCAAAGAGCUCGAUUUUGGUCUCAUCUGACCACAACAAUCGCACCUACUAUUGUCACCUUCUCACCAAGCUGCUUGGCGAUGGUCUUGUAGCACAUUCCAGCCUUGUGUAGGUCUACAAUCUUCUCCCUGACAUCCUUAGACAGCUCUUUGUUGUUUGCCAUGGUGGAGAGUUUGGAAUCUGAUUGCUUCUGUGGACAGGUGUCUUUUAUACAGGUAACGAGCUGAGAUUAGGAGCACUCCCUUUAAGAGAAUGCACCUAAUCUCAGCUCGUUACCUACAUAAAAGACACCUGGAAGCCAUAAAUCUUACUGAUUGAUAGAGAUCAAAUACUUAUUUCACUCAUUGACAUGCAAAUCAAUUUAUAACUUUUUUUUCCCAAUAUCUCAUUUUUAUAGAAAAUUUGCAUAUUAGUACACAGUGCGUAUACAACAUUCAUAUCACAUUACAAAUACUACACAGUUUCAUAUUUACAGUUGUCUGUGUACAAAUUUUUCUUUUCUUUCUCCUGCUCCGGGACUGCAGAUAACAGAUAACAUAUAGGAUAAAACGUUGCAAUUUCAGUUGUCCCUUUUUGUAUGGGUACCAUGUUGCGUAACCGUAUUAUGCAACUAGUUGUCAGUUUGGUAACUAAAUCCCAGUUUAGCUAGGUGGUGCUAAUUGGUUGGGGUUUGAGAGAGGUAGUGUACCACAAUUAUGCAUCUGUGAUCCGACAAUGAAAUUAAUCGAACUGUAAAUAUAUAUACUGAAAAGAAAUAGGGGGCGCAGCUAAACAGACAAAGACAAGGAAAGAAAAAAGACAUAACAACAAAACCUCUUACGUCCCUUCUGUUCUUAGUGUUUUAUAAAGCUGUUAACCCUAUUUUCGAGAAUAGCGUCCUUGAAUUAGAAUAAGAAUUUUGCAGUAUGCCUCCCAGUGGGAAAGGCAAUCGGAGGAUAACCUCGUUUUUUGUAACGCAAAUAGACAUAAUGGAGUUGGGAAAGUCCUGUUGAGCUCACCCGCUCAUAGCGUCAUGUAUGUGUGUUUAGUGGCAAGAUCUGCGUAGUUGGGUGCAGAAUAACACAGAGAAAGUGUUUUUUUUGUUAGUACAUUUGCGUAUGUAGUAUUGGCCAAAAGCCAUUAGUUGUGAUUCUUCACAGUGCCACAUUUGGUAUGCUGUUGUGUAAUAUGCUUGAGUCUUAUGUAGGUGAAGGUAUCCCAAGAUGAGAGAAUUUAUAUCUUUUUUUACAUGCGUUUUCCUGUAUUUUUUUUUUUGUUAUUCUGUCUCUCACUGUUAAAAUACACCUACCAUUAAAAUUAUAGACGGAUCAUUUCUUUGUCAGUGGGCAAACGUUUAAAAUUAGCAGGGCACCAAAUACUUUUUUCUCACUGUAGAAGAAUUUGCUAAACUUGAUUAAAACAAUUCUGAAUAUUAUAUAAUGGGUCUGAUCUGUUAUAAUAGAUUAUAAAAUAGAAAGGAUUAUUACAUUAAUUUAUUAUCAUUUAUCUCAUUAGUGUUUCUGCUAAAUCAUUCAUCUUAUGUUAGUUUUUUAAUAUAACAUAAAAAAACACAAAUAAAGAGUUACUUGUGUACUAUCUCUAUGCAUAUUUAAAUAACUGGAGGUUUUUAGUAUCACUUAAAUGGCCUUUAGGUGUAAGCUCACCUGCCACGGCAAGGCAAACCUCUUAGGUGAGUCCUAUUCUACAUAUAUUAUGAAGUAUGUAUAUUAUAUUGUCUGUAAGCUAAAUACAUAAAUAAGUGUAUAAAUAUCAAAUUAACCCCUUCAGGACUGGACUGUUUUGGCCAUGUUGUACAUUAAUGGAUCACUAUAGUGCCAGGAAAACAUACUCGUUUUCCUGGCACUAUAGUGCCCUGAGCGUGCCCCCACCCUCAGGGUCCCCCUCCCACCCGGCUCUGGGGAGAGGAAAGGGGUAAAAACUUACCUUUUUCCAGCUGUUCUUCCCAUUCGGCUGAAUCCGCACGCACGGCAAGAGCUGCGCGCGCAUUCAGCCGGUCGCAUAGGAAAGCAUUUACAAUGCUUUCCUAUGGACGCUUGCGUGCUCUCACUGUGA